AUGCGACGACCACAAGGCUCCACGACAACGGCGACGAUGACGGCUGCUGCCGCACUGCUCCUGACCGCGGCGUUCCCGUCGCUAGUGGCAGGCGUCAUGUUCGACUGCAAGGACGUCGUCGUCGACGGCACGCGCUACGACUUCCACGAACUGGGCGGCCCUCGGUCGGUGUACUUCACAGAAAAGCAGCCGCCGGCGGUGCUCAACACAACCUUCACCGUCGACAUCUGCAAAUCGCUCAAGCCGAUCAAGGGCGUGGAUAAGAAGGACCAGUGUCCGACUGGCACUCGAGUAUGCGGCGUCACAACCAGCUACAACCCUGCGGAUAACACGUCGGCCAUCACAAAGGUCGUGCCCAUCGCCGGAAACUUCGCAGCGUCGUCGGGCGGCCAGGCGGACCCGCGGUGGACGAAGUUGAAGGGCUCCGACUCCAACGCCGACGCGGAGAAGGAAGGCUUGCGCCUUGAGCUCAAGGGCGGCAAGUACCCGUUCCACAGCCGCAAGGGCACCAAGCAGAAGGCCCUCAUCGAGUUCAUCUGCGACCGCAACCGCACCGGUACCGAAACCGACCUGGACAACCGCGACACCAUCGACGAGGAGGACGACAAGAAGAAGGUGGAGGACAAGAUGAGGCGGCGGAUGGCGAAGCUGCAGGCGAGGGAGGAGAAUGAGAAGGAAGGCGAUGACGAGGGAGGAGACAGCGACGACGACGAUGAUGACGAUGACGACGACAACAAGACGGACAAGAGCAAGGCGCUGCAGUUCGUCAGCUACAAGAUGGAGGACGACCUGGACGUGCUGCGGCUUACGUGGUACACCAAGUACGCGUGCGAGGACGGCGGCGACAGCGGCUCGGGCCCCGGCGGCAAGUCGGAACACUGGGGCUUCUUCACUUGGGUCAUCAUCAUCCUUUUUCUCUCCAUCGCCGCCUACCUCAUCUUCGGCAGCUGGCUCAACUACGAACGUUACGGUGCUCGCGGCUGGGACGCCGUUCCCCAUGGCGACACCAUUCGCGACUUGCCCUACCUCGUCAAGGACUUUGGCCGCCGCAUCACCAGCUCGUUUCAAGGCGGUGGCUCGAGAGGUGGUUACAGCGCCGUGUAA